GCAAUGUAAUAUCUGAAAGGCAAAACAAGUAACAAGCAGAUGCGCUAUGUAUGAAAAUAAUUUUUCUUGAAUAUUUCGAAAUAAACAGACUCAGAAAAGUGGAGUGAAAUGUGUAACAAAAUGACUGAGUGUUGAUUGAGUGAAAGUGUUUCAGUUGUUUGAAGAAUGGGCAACUAUGAAACUCAUGAUUUGGCCCCAGUUAGAGAUGAUGAAAGAAAAGAGUUGAAUCUGAGUAGAAAAAUAACAUACAAACAGUAUUGCAAGCAUAUUAAGGGGAUUUUCCAUGAGGGCUGCUUGACCGAGAUUCCUUGGAACAUCAGGGACUCCAUUUCUCUUUAUGAGCGGAUGACAGUUGCCUUCAAUGCGGUCCCUGAGAUCCCCCCAGAAAUGCCCCUCAGGCUUCCUCACCUGCACACCAUUGAUCUUAGUCACAAUGUAUUGGAAACAUUACCUGAGAGCUUCGGCUUGCAAUUUCAUCUCCGAACUUUGAUCCUACGCAACAAUAGACUGAAAUCUCUACCAGAGUCUUUUGUUCAUCUAGUCAAACUAGAAAAAAUAGAUUUAUCUAACAAUUUGCUCAAGGAAUUACCCCAGGAUAUUGGAAAUAUGGAAGCUAUUCAGAAACUUAAUGUGAGUGGCAAUAAGCUUCGACAACUUCCCCUGUCUCUUGGUGCUUCUACAACUCUAGUCUUACUAAUGGCUCAACAAAAUCGACUUUAUGAACCUCCGCAAGCAAUCUGUGAUGAAGGGUCGGACGUGACCUUAAGUUUUUUACGCAAGCUUUACAAAAACAGUAAACCACUUCAUGAGAAAAGACCUUUGACUCCACUGAACGAGUUUCCUCGAGUCAGAGGUAACCAGUUACACAGUGCGGUCCCUAACCCUCACUCUGCCAACAUGCAAUACAUCCAGUCUCAGACACAUACAACAAACACCCCCAGUAGGAUCAAAACUCCCCUCCUUCCACCUUUAGGGGCCAGCUCUUUGGAAUCAGAUGUUCUGAAAGAUAAAGUUAUAGGAUUGCUGUAUGGUGCUGCUAUUGGUGAUGCCCUGGGGCUUGCCACUCGAGGAAUGAGUAGAGAUGAGUGCUCAUUUUACUACGACACAGACGACAUUGAUUAUACACAGAUUUUACAAGACAGACAGCGCGUUCUGUGGCGAGCUGGAGACUGGACGUCAAACUUUGAUUCCAUGUUACUGGUGCUGGACUCCAUCCUGGCUUGGGCAGGUGUGGUGGAUGAACUGGACUUUGCCAAGCGAUUGAAGGAAUGGAGUGAGCGAGGGUACCCUGAGCUGGGGGACACAGAGGGGAUAGUACUCAGUCAAACCAUUAAAAAAUUAAUUGGUGAGAAAGACUUCACAGAAAAUCCUCACUCAGUGGCAACCAGAGUUUACCUCCAAGAGCUGAACACUACAGCAUCAGAACAGAAUGGCUACAUUGUAAGUGAGGAUGAGAGGUCCAGCAUAAGCAGUAUAUCUAGUAGCAUCAGCAGUAUAAGCAGUGAUCGCAGUCCUCGCAAGCAUCUACUACACAGUGUCAGCUCAGAGUCAGAGUUCUGUGUGGGAUGUGAUCAGCCCUGUGUGGAUAAUGGAGCAAUUGUCAGGACUGCCAUUCUUGGUGUUCCUAAUUUCUUUGAUUUGACUGAGGUACAGAACAAUACACUGAGGAUCUGUAAUUCCACCCACCCAAGUCCUCUGUCUCAGGCUGCAUGCUGUGUCAUAUCUGUCAUCAUCGCCUGUAUGUUACAGGGAAAGAAUGAAAUGCAGACCUGUAAAGAAAUUGAGGAAAUCAUUACAAUAGCUCGAGAUCAAGGGAGAAAACUCCUGGUGACCACUGAGGAGAAGGCCGAUUUUGAAUACUACUGCAGUUUACAGGACAUAGACAGGUUAGAUGUGAAUGAGUAUGGAAAGUCCUCCUACUGUAUGAAGCCUCUGGGGGCAGCUCUUAUCAGUCUUAGGUCUAGGGAAUCCUUUAAAGAUUGCAUGAUGAAGAUGAUCCUGGCUGCAGGAGAUUCCAACAGCAAUUGUUGUGUGGCUGGGGCCGUCUUGGGCUCAAAGGUGGGAUUCUCUCGCUUACCAAAACACUGGGUCCAUGGACUUAGAAAGAAACAGACUGCUUGGCUCAAUGUCAAGGUCAAUCUACUUCUAGACAUGAUAGGACUUCCUUAACCAUGAAAGGGACAUAACCUUGUAUUUGCUUUAUAUUACCUUCCAUGACACAAGUUUUGCUUUUCCAUGAAAGAGAGUUUUCUUAUUGAUUUUGAUUGUAUGACAUGUAAAAAACUUGAGGGAUUAUUUACCCUGAGUUUGAUCAAAAGUCUUUGACCAUGGUUUUGCAAGGGUCACAUUUAUCUAGUUUAGUUUAUAAUAAGGCUAUAUUAGCCUUUACUUUACAGAGGUUUAAAACAAUUUUCUUUCGUGCAUGACAGGACAUUCUGGAACUAUUCCUCAAGGUCAUGACCACACGUUUUCUAAAUAUUACCUGGCUCUUACAGAGUUGUCCCUAAGACCCUGCGGGGGCUAGGAAAUUUCCCCACUUAUAAUGACAUUAUCCCCCGGCUUCUCUGGUAUUCCCCCUCAACCCCUUGUUUGGGGAGGAACCCCAGACCCCCCUUCUACUUUUUAGCUCACCUGAGCUGAAAGCUCAAGUGAGCUUUUCUGAUCACAUUUUGUCCGGCGUCCGUCUGUCCGUUCGUCUGUCUGUCUGUAAACUUUUCACAUUUUCGACUUCUUCCCAAGAACCACUGGGCCAAUUUCAACCAAACUUGCCACAAAGUAUCCUUGGGUAAAGGGGAUUCAAGUUUGUUCAAAUGAAGGGCCACGCCCUCUUUCAAAGGAAGAUAAUUAGGAAUUACUGAAAAAAAUUAUGGCAUCAUUUAAAAAUCUUCUUCUCAAGAACCAUAGGGCCAGGAAAGAUGAAACUCAUGUGGAAGCAUCCUUAGGUAGUGUAGAUUCAAAUUUGUUCAAAUUAUGACCCCCGGGGGUAGGGCGGGGCCACAAUGGAGGAUCAAAGUUUUACAUAGAAAUAUAUAGGAAAGAUCUUUAAAAAUCUUCUUCUCAAGAACAGCAAAGCCAUGAUGAGUCAUAUUUAUAUGGAAGCAUCCUCAGGUAGUAUAGAUUCAAGUUUGUUCAAAUCAUGACCCCCGGGGGUAGGGCGGGGCCACAAUGGAGGAUCAAAGUUUUACAUAGAAAUA